AAAGUUCACUCCAGCCUCGGGUCUGUGUCAGACAGGCACGAGGCGUGUUAAAGACAGCGUCACAUUUUCAGCCUUUCCAGGUGCCAGUUCUCACGUCCACCCUACCGUAGCGGACAGUGAGCCCGUACAGUAGAUCAUGAAUCCUUACGCCCCUCACGAGACUCCAGCGCAAAUCUACGCGGAAGAAACAUGGCUACAGGGUGCCCUGCUCAGCAACAUCGUGUACGGCGUAGAGUUAGCGCUCUUCGUGAUAUGCUUCGGGCUCCUUGCACGCAAGACGACGCGCUCUAACUACAAGAGCAACGUUCCUCUCCUCGUUUUCAUCACGGUCAUCUUCAUGCUGGGUUCCUUUUUUAUGGGCGCCGGGGCAAAGUUCACUCAAUUGGCAUUCAUCGAGAACAGAAACUAUCCCGGAGGGCCAGCUGCGUACGAGCAGGCCAUGUUUUGGAUCCCCGUCGACGAGCUCGGAAAUGUUUCCUUCGUCAUAGGUAAUUGGCUGAUGGAUCUGCUAUUGGUGUGGCGUUGCAUGGUCAUUUAUAAAGGCAGUGGAGUGCUCAUCUGGUCCGUAAUGUCCUGCGCAUUCGCUAUAUUUUUGGCAUCAUUUGCUCUUGGGAUUGUGUUCUUAGUACAGACGUCGAGCUCCUCGCCAUUCAGCGAGGUGAAUUUUACCCUCGCGUAUUUCGCCAUGACGCUCUCCCUGAACGUGAUCGUCACUCUGUUCAUCGUCGCACGUCUUCUCGUCCUGCGUCGACGCAUGGCUGCCAUCUUCGGGCCAGACUCACACUACACCAACUUGGCUUCGAUCUUGGUCGAAUCCGCUACGUUAUUCUCGGCGUUCUUCAUUCUCUUCCUCGUCCCAUUCGCCCUGAACAAUGCUCUGUCCCAAGUGUUUUUGCAGACCUUGGGACAAGUGCAGACGGUCUCCUCGCUACUCAUCAUCAUGCGUUUGGCCCUGGGUAAAGGUUGGACGGAGGCCACGAGCACACGUGUCAUGACUUGCGUCGGUACGGAAGAAUACGAUGUCAAGGAGAUCUCUCAGGCUUCGUCGGUGGACGAUCAUGCUGCAGGCUCGGAGAAGUUGGGAUCGGAGGACACGGCAGUCUGAAACGCAUCCGUUGGUGUGAUGAUCUCGAUUGUAUGGUUGGUCAGUGCACUCGUAUGCUCGUUCAGUAAGACUUUCUCAUAUUGUCCAUGCGCCAAGCGGGGCGGUUGCGGUAUUGGUCGUGAAGCACGAGCGUAUUUACGCGGGCAUCAUGAUAUUUUAAUGGCAUCAUACUAUGUCUGAACAACGAAUAAUGAACACCGUGC